AUGGUCUCCAUCCUAUCCUUCUUCCAGACCAAGAAGAAGGGUAAGAGAGCAAGGUCACGAUCCCCCUCUCCCACCCAGCAGCACCCGCCCUCGUCUGCCCCUCGUCCAACCCAGCAGACUACACCAAGUGGUACAUCAAAUACUAGUCGACCCACUCGGUUCCUCUCACUAAGGCAUAAAUCAGGCUCUUCAUCUUCCACUAAGCCGUACGAUCUCACAGGCAGAAGAGGAAGUACGAACGAGUUAACGAGGAAGAGAAGUAAAGGCAAGUCACCUGAACCUAGCAAGCCCGACUUGAUCAGUGCCUUCAUACCGAAGUUAGAUUUGGCUUUUGAUAUACCCAAAACUGAAGAUGCAAUACAGAAAGAUUCUUUGGUUAUACAUGGUGUAGGAGAGAAGGUGGUCCUUCGUCGGCAGGAGAAAGAGGUUAUUAGUAAGCUGCAGCUGAGUGUAGAGGAAGUGAAGCUUGCAUGGGAAAUUUUCGGUAAAGCUCUUAGAGAAUCAGAUCUGAACCAACAUGGCUUGGUGCUACCUCUUCGACCCAAUACAAAUCCUACCACUCGACUAUACCUGCUUGCUCUAUAUUGCCUCGUCAUACGUCCGGACCUUCUAUCACAUUUUCCGACCAUAGCCGCACAGUUCGCUCAACCAACAUCCAACCCCUUUGAAAUAUGGCGAGAAAGACUGACCUCAAUCCUCAAAGACGGCGAGACAAGCUCUGAUCUUUCAGAAGUACUCAAAUACACCUUACGUCGUCUUCAACCCACUCGUCCAGAGCCACUGAUCGACAUUGGCUUGUACAUCGCAUUCGUGAAAGCUGAACGCUCGUCUUCCUAUCCCCUUGAUGCUUUCGAGAGGCUUCUCUCACCUCGACUGAAAACUGGAGUAGCGACUUACCUGAAUGAAAUUUUCGAAGUGUGGUCUGCGAUGAUCACGCAUGCGGAGCAGAAUGCUAUGACGCCUGGAAGAUUGGCUCAUCUGCUUGGUUGGUGGACUUGGGGCUGUUCCACCGGGAAGUUCAGAUCCUGGGAAGAAUUAUAUAAGGACUGGAAGAGUGCUGGUCAGAGGAUGGAACACUUACUAUACGUCUGGAUAAGACUUCAAUCCACAAAGACGCAACUACCCACUCGUUUGCUUGACGUUGUCCAGGACUACCCUUUUGGCGAGGCAUCAACAACGGCGGAUCAACCGCCAUCACCGCCUCCAUCAUCGUUCCCCCGUCAGACUCUUCAUGUCACCUUGACUUCAUCCUUGCCUGUCACUGGGCUGUUCGACACCCCGGAGGAUAUCCUCUCAAGCUCGCUUUCGGCCAAACUAGAUGAGAACGCUACUGCGCCCCUAUGGUCGGCUCUGAAAGCUGUAAAAGAUUUGGACUUGUCGAAGAUCUUGUCGACAGACUCCAUGAAAUUCUUGGAAAAGGUCACAGAACCCACAGAUAUACCACCAACACCAAAUCCAGCUCAAAUGAGGUCUCCGAUACUGGUGAACGUUACCCCAUCGGGUCAGCAGCCCACAUCGAACGGAGGGACUUUCCGCGGUCGAUACCACUCUCACAGCGGAGAUUUAUCCUCUCCUGCCACCAUUGUAUCUUCUUCUACCACGUCACCUAACCUCUCAACCCUCCUGAAUGUCGGAAAGGAUGAUGAAUCACCCAAGUCUGUCAAGAAACAAGCAUCUCUUGGUGUGCUGCCCAAGAGCGGCGGUUCAGCAUGGGAUGAUUUCCAGAAGUCUGGGUUCGGUGAUUCCUCUAAGAAUGCCGGUAAACUCGAUUUAGCCUUCUCACCUGGAUCUAUAAGUAAACCUGUCGUACCUGCUGCAUCGACUAUUCAGCUAGGUGCUAACAUUACCGAAGAGUCAGUGGCCAAGAAAAGAGCGACUUUCAGCGAUUCUAAAGGUUCAAAAGCAGUGUAUGGCAUAGCAAUAGAAGAGGUUGUCGAGAUAGAUGAUACUUUCAUAGCAUUUGUGGAGGAUGCUCAGCUCGACCGACCUAGUACGGCCUCCUGGCCACCUUUUUCCCUUGUUCGACUCAAUCCUUUAGUCCAACCGCUCCAGUGUGAGAAGGUGAUCGAAUGGCUUCUUAUUACCGUCGUGCACCACCCUCCUCAUAUACCUGUCCCUCAGCAUAAGCCUCAGUCCACACCAGAACUUGGAUUGAACCGCCCAACUUCCCCCUCUUCUUCCAAAGCUGGAACACCCCGUGGACUGAAGGGCAUCACCGAGUCUUUCAAGCGAUCCUCAUCUUUUCAAUCGGGUAUGAACCUUCGACGAUCUUUCUUCGGUACUUCCGGGUUCUCACUAUCACUAUCAAGACAUGCUUCGGAUGAAUUGGAUACUUUACCUGAAAGUGAAAGUGACAAUGCUUGUCAAUUGAGAGCUCCUCUCUCCGCUGCUAGUCUUACCCCUACAGAGUAUACCAUCACAGAAAUGGGAGAGAUGAUCAAGAUUCCUUCACCAAACGAAAAGGUGGAAGAAGCUAUUGUUGACCCCUCAGCCUCCACUGGAGCUGGACCGUCGGUCGUUGCGGAGAAGGAAAUAGAUACCGACGUAGCCACCAUAAAGGGCAAACCUAUGGUCACUGGUCUCACCACUGGGCCAUCUGUCGAUACUUUGGCUUCACAAUGGAAAUAUGCCGGCGAAGGAGCUGAACACAUCGUUUUCUCCCAUCGGGGUACGUUAUCAGAGUAUAAUGGCAAGGUACUUCGUCUGAGAAAAUCGCAAUUUUUGGGCAAUUCACCAACUGAUCCGGAGUAUCGUCAAACCCUCAAUGAAUGGACAUUCAAUCUACUUCCUCAGCUUGUUCCCUUAGAGUUGUUGAUAAAGACUCAUGAGGUCAAUCUCGCUGAAGGUUGGGUUAAAGAUCUGUUCACACAAGCAGAUGCUACCCGACCUGAAGAAAGGAAACUUCUAGGCGAUCUCAAGAGUCUGGUGGUAGGUGAAGCCAAAGGAGUGAUCAUGGAGGAUACAACUACGAAUGAAAAGAAAGAUGGCAUAGUCAGUCUAGCCUUCGAAAUCAAACCUAAAUGGGGCUUCUUACCUGAUUCUUCUACCGUCGUACCGCCCGAAGCUGCCGAAGUCAAAUCUGAACAUUGUCGAUUCUGCAUGCACCGACAUCUCAAGGGACACGACUCGUCAGCAGAAGGCAAAUUCUGUCCGCUAGAUCUAUAUUCGGGUGAGGAAGUCAGGAUGAAAAAGGCGAUAAAUGGUCUAUGGGGGAUAUGGGAGCAGAGUGAGGGAAAGGAGAACAAUUGGAGAGUGUUCGUCAAUGGAGAAAAAAUAAGUCCUGACAAGGCUGAAGCCGUUGUACUAUACUUUGAUGACGAAAAGAGCCUGGCGGAUCACAUAGCCUCAUCUAUCAUUCCGAUCCUCAACAGCUCACAAGUAGUCCAGACCCUCAAAACCCUACAAGCGACCCUUGAUCCCACUGAUAUAUCAGAUCUGGCAUCUCGAUUCUCCUCUGCUCAUCCCGAUGCAGAACUGUUCGACCCAGCUCUCAUACCUUCUCCCACAUCAGCCGAAUUGAAAGAAUUCAUAAAACUUUAUCUUUCUUCGCCUCAAGCGGGGAAGACCGGCGAAGCUUGGACUUUGAGACAGAGGAUGAUAGCAUUCGCUUUGUCAGCCAUAUUCAAAGAUUGUUCAGUCUUUGUGAAACUUACGCUCGCUUCGUCUUCUCCCCCUCUCUCACCAUCAACUGAGAAAACAGAGGAGAAAUGGAGUUUGGUGGAAGGUAGUGGCAAAGUCAAAAUCAUAGAUUUGGAUUUGAAACCGAUUCAGAAUUUGGGUAAAUGGAAAACUACAGAUGAUAAAAUUUGGAAACAUUGGUUAGAGACUCAUUCAUCUUCUACAACCCAGGAAAUCAAAAACGAUACUCAAGAUGAUGAUGCAGUCAAAGUGGAAGAAGGACAAACAUUGGAUAUCCCAAUCCGACAUAAAGCUAUUUCGGGAUUGACCUUAAGUGGAGUCUCGGAAGUUGGAUCUACCAAUACUUCUGAUGGAGCUUCAACCAGAGCUUUGUUCGUUCCUACUCCUGAUAGGACGAGGGAAAAUACUCCAUUACCGACGCCUGCGCCAGUCACUGUUGGAUCAAGUAUGGAAGAUUCACUUGAGCCAGUUGAUCCCCCAAGUAACCAGAAUCAUCAAUCAGAGUCACCAGUGGAAGAUCAAGGUGGUUCUGUGCCUCAAGCGGCUCAUGAAGCGAUUGAUCCUAGGAGGACGAAACGGUCGAUGGCUCCUUCACCUUCACCUCCUCCACCUCCUGCUCUUAAAAUACCAGAACAGGAUGAAGAUCGAUCAAAGGAAAUACCAAAAAUACCGAAAGACGAUGUAUCAUCCGAAGUUCUGCUUGACCAUGAAAGUACGGCUCAAAAUCCAGAACCCCAGAAGACAAAUGAAUCCUCGAGUAUAAUCGGAGCUGGUUUAGCUGGAUUGGGAAGCGUCGUCGGCCUAGCUGCGGAAGCUGUCCAUGCUAUAGUGGAGGAGUUCGCGGAAGCUCGGUCUGAGAAGGAAGAAGAGAAGGAGCUCUUGAAGAAUAAUGCUCAAGUCGACGAUCAAAGCAGAGAGGUAGCCCCAAGCGAGCAAGACGGUGUUCUCGCUCCGGAAGUGCACCAAGCGACCAACCCUGUGGGAGAGCCUGUUUCCACCGAACAACCUAAAGUCGAUAUUGACAUUCAACCUGUUCCCGCUGUUGAUAAUGAGUAUGACGGUCCGGAUACCAACCCAAUCGCACCGAUUGAACAGCUCAAUACCGAUAACAUCAUCUCAUUAGAGCCAGCCGUUAUAGAUGAAAGGCCAAAGGAAGAAGAAGCUGGGGAAUCUCGUGAAUAUACGCCUCGAGCCGAAGAAGAUCGGGUAAACGUCGAAGCAGAUACUCCUCAAGCUGAAUUAGAUAAUUUCUAUACUCCUGCUGAAACUCCAUUGAUCCCUCAACCAUCUGCUUUCGAUAUACCUGCAGAGCUCCCGGUUCCAGUCAAGACCUCGGACUCAUCGGAACUACCCACGAGAACCGUGUCUUCCGAUAAAAUCAAUGAUGCUGCUCAAGAAGUAUCAGCAGAACAGGCAAACCAAGUUGAUGCAGAGUCAUCAGCGGGCACUCCAAAGAUGACAAUUAUACCCAUCGAGGAUGCUACACCCAAACGAGAUGGAGACGAAGCUGUAUCCGACUCGUCUGGGGAUCAGGUGGAUAGUGCACCUGUUCGGAUCAGGAUUGGAGAUACUUCGAUUGAGCAGACCAAUGCAGUUGUCGCACCUGCCAGCACCGAACUCAACGCCGACACCCCCUUAGAGUCCGUUGAUGCCCCCGAAGCUGCCACCUUCAAGACCGAAAUUCCCGCUUCGCUUCCUUCUACCAUAAAGGAUCCCGCUGUACCUGGAGAUAUUUCUAGUCAAGAUGUGUCUGCACCUCCGCAGAAUUCACCCGAGCCACCGGUCGGGGCAGCGCCUGCUGAAGAGCAGCCCUCAUUCGAGGUUGAUGAACAUUCAGCAGAUCAAGUGCCUCAUGACGGAGCCAAAGCUCAAGAUGCCCUCAUAAUCCAACAAUCUCCUGCGCCUCCUUCUGUCUUGGAUUUCGAGACGCCAUCCAAUCAGCAUGAGGCAUCCGCAUCGUCGGAUUUUGCUCCGGUAGAAGCUGAUCAUUCUCGAGACCCAUUAGAAGACAACAAAGCUAAGAAUACUUCAAACCCUGUCGAUAACGCAUCAGCAUCAACACCACAUGAUGAACUGUCCGCUGGGAUCCAUGUCCCGUAUAAUUCAGGUCUUCCUGAAGAGACUUCGCACGAAACAGCGAAGGCGUCAGAAAUCCCACCCAUUCUAGGUCAACCGAUCAACUCUACAACUCCAACCUCCUCGAAUACUGAACAUGAGCCACCUUCCGACAACCAACCUAUCAUAUCUGAAGAUCCAACCGAAUCUCAGGAUCACCUUUCCCCACUCGUAGCAGACCAUCAUCAAGCGGAAGAACCAGUUUAUGACCAUCAUGAUCUGUCGACGAUCUCUGAAGAUGGUGAAUCAUCUGUACCUAGUUCCACUGACAUGUCGAAGGAUGCUAGCCUACCUACUACCGAUGAUGGUGAACAGUGGGUUGAGGAUGCUCAGCCUUCACAAGAACAAGAGGAAGAGGAAACUCCCAGAGCUAUACAUGAGAGUUUGGUUGAAGAGGUCAACGUGCGUCGACCUGUGGAUGAGAAAGUGGAAAGAGUCGGAGAAGAAGAAGGCAAAUAUGUAAGCGACCGACAAGAUGAAGAAGUCACUUCGCCGGUUGAAUCAGUUAAGGAAAGGGUGAGCGAACCUUCUGACGAGAUACCGACGCCUAGGGAACCUGCAGGGGCUUUGAAUGAGAACGACACCACACCAUCAAAUUCUACCUCAAUUGUCAAAUCAGCUGGAGAAGAAGAGAAAAUUCCUGAAUCUGUGGUCGAUCCGAGCUCGAGUAUAGAUGAUGAUGGAACUUCGCAACUAGUCGAGAAAGAAUAUUCAAAUGGGCUGUCCCCUCAACCUCAGAUGUAA